AUGACAUCUCUUUCUGAUUGCAAGAAAUCAUCAUCAUCAGCAGCAUCUAUUAUUAUUAGCAAUGUUGAUUUGUUAACUCCGCUUCUACUGUGUUUACCAGUAAAAUCUUUGCUGGUAUUUAAAUCCGUAUCGAAACAAUGGUUUUCCAUUAUUUCCGAUCCGUUUUUCAGCAAAAUAUACAAUCUUCGAAACUCACUUUCAAUUCAAGGACUAUACACACAAAUUUGGCAGGGUGGUGCCAUCAAAAAUCUCGAAUACAUUCCCCUUGAUGGAUCAUCAUCCUCCGCCCCUUUAAAAACCAUAAGAAUUAUUAACGAUCCACCAGGUAUAAGAAUCGUGCAAUCUUGCAAUGGUCUCAUGUGUUACAAGAGUGGUUGCUAUGACAAUAUACCCCGCAAAGUAUAUCCUACAUAUUACGUUUGUAAUCCAUCAACGAGACAAUAUCGCCCAAUUGUUUGUGAGUUUCAAAAAUAUAAGAAAGGUUUUAAAGAUCUUAUAAGUGUCAGUAUAGCUUACGACCCACUCAAAUCAACUCAUUAUAAAGUUGUUUGCAUCUGGUUGGUUUCACGGUUUAAGGAUUUUUUCCAUUAUCAAGUUGAGAUAUACUCAUCUGAAACAGCUUCUUGGAAGCUAUCUGGAGAGGUUUUUUCCAAACCUGGUCGUUAUUACUUGGGUAGCGGUGUGUUUUGGAAUGGUUCAUUGCAUUGGGCUGCAACAUUUGAAGUAGAUAGGUUUUUUUACUUUGAUGUUGAUCAAGAAUUAAGAAUGGAAAUGCAAAUGCCACUCUAUGACCAAGAGCUUAGAAUGGAGAUUAAGUACUUUGGGGAAUGCAAGGGUCACCUAUGUCUUAUAGUUACUCAAAAAUAA